ACAGAAUUACAGCAACAAAGACCAACACAAACAUCAACAACAACAGAAGGAAAUACAUGUGAAUGAGGAAGAAGAAUGAAAAGGGCUUUUGUUUUAGAGUAAUAAACACAUGCAGCAGAUAUAAUCAUCACAGAGUGUGAAGCUGAAGACAGAAACAUCAGACUCAGAACAGAAACACACGACCUCUAAAAAAUGGAGCAAACUCUAUAUUUCAUUCUUCUUCUCGUUGCUCUCUGCUCCGUAUCUGAAUGUGUUCAGCGUCAGUAUCACUUUAUAAAUGAGAAGAAGACCUGGACUGAAGCUCAGAGAUACUGCAGAGAGAAUUACACAGAUCUGGCCACCGCUGACAACAUGAACGACAUGAAUGAGCUGAAGAAGAGUGUGAUUAAUGAACGUUUCUGGAUUGGGCUGCAGAAGACGGGUCGUGAUCAAUGGCAGUGGUCUUCAGGUGAACCUGUUCUCUAUCUGAACUGGGGAGAUAAACAACCUGAAGGCAGAGAUUAUUGUGCUAUGAUGAGAAAUGGACAAUGGCAUGAUUUUCCAUGUAGUACUGCCAACACUUUCAUCUGCAAUAACACAAUCACAGGUCUUGUCUUUAUCAAUCAGACGAUGAACUGGAGAGACGCUCAGAGUUACUGCAGACAGAAUCACGUUGAUCUGGUCAGUGUGAGAAACCAGGAUGAGAAUCAACAGAUUGAGAAGAUCAUGAAUAAUAGUAAAGAAUCUGAUGUCUGGAUCGGUCUGUUCAGAGUCAGAGACUCAUGGCAGUGGUCAGAUCAGAGUAACUCUUCAUUCAGAUACUGGAUGUCUGGUGAACCUAAUAAUCAUGGAGAUAAUGAAAAUUGUACAGCUGUUGAAAAGAGCGCUCAGGGACAAUGGAUUGACAUCUCUUGUAAUCACCAGUUUCCUUUUGUGUGUCAUGAAGAUAAACUGAUUGUGAUCAGAGAGAAUCUGACGUGGUCUGAAGCUCUGAGAUACUGCAGACAGAAUCAUGUGGAUCUGGUCUCGGUUCAUUCAGAAGAGAUUCAGCGUCGUGUGAUGAACGUGGUUAAACGAGCGUCUACUGCGGAGCUGUGGUUGGGUUUACGUCACUCCUGCACUGUGGGCAUCUGGUUCUGGGUGAGUGGAGAGACCGUGUGCUAUCAGAACUGGGCUCCAGGGAACGGCACAUCAGAGGAGGACUGUGAACACACAGUGAGAUCUGGAGCAGUUCAGUCUGGAGGAGAUCAGCGCUGGAUCAGCCGUCCUGAAACUGACAAACUCAACUUCAUCUGCAGCAGAUAUUAAUGAACGGAUACACUUAGAUUUCAAGAUUACAAACGCAUGUGUGUUUCCUGUUGAUUUAAGUGUGUUUGCUUAUCACUCAAACUCUUUCACCAUGAACUUUGUGUCAUUUAGCAACUGCUAAAUUAUGAGACAUUCAUCUGUCAAUUUAAUUUUGUGAGGGAUCAUAAGGUCAUCACUUUUACUUAUCAUUGUACUGUUUUCUUGGCUUCGUGUCUCUUCUUCAGAAGUGGAGUUUUUCUUGGUCGAAAACCUCUCAGUCCAUUUCUGUACAGGUCUCUAGUGAUUCGUUGAGACAUCAAUCCCAGACUUGGAGUCUGGGACCCUCUGGAGUCCAUUAACGCAUAUAUGCGUUUUGAGUCAUUUUCUCCGGAUAACCCCGAAAAGAAC